CAAUCACUGGCGGCAUUCUGCAGUGGGCGGGAGACCAGGAGGAAAGAGUCUGUGGAGCAGAGGGAGCUGUAGACUGAGGGCGGGUGAUGUCAUGGCACAGCAGAGAGUCUUACCCCAGAGCAAGGAGACGUUGCUGCAGUCCUACAACAAGCGCCUGAAGGACGACAUCAAAUCCAUCAUGGACAACUUCACUGAGAUCAUCAAGACUGCAAGGAUUGAAGAAGAACAUCAAGUCAGCCGCUCGACCCAAGGAGAGCAGGACAACUACGAGAUGCACGUCCGUUCGGCUAACAUAGUCCGAGCCGGGGAGUCUCUGAUGAGGCUGGUGUCUGAUUUAAAGCAGUAUCUAAUCCUGAAUGACUUCCCCUCUGUGAACGAAGCCAUCAACCAGCGCAACCAGCAGCUCCGCGCCCUGCAGGAGGACUGCGACAAAAAGCUGAUUUCAUUGCGGGACGAGAUUGCCAUAGAUCUCUAUGAACUUGAAGAGGAAUAUUACUCCUCCAGAUUAGGGCUGGAGAGCGAGACAUCAGAGCAUCUCUGACAGAUUUGCUGUAAAGAAGAACUCUGGAACUGAAAGCUGUAAAGUGAAUGAGACUACUGCCAUUUGCUGGCUGGCGCCUCCUGUAGGCCAUAGUAAGAUCCACACGGUCCGACCUCUCUCCAUGACUGCAGGCAGUGUCCAAUAAGACCUUUCCGCAUGCUGUAUUGUACACAGCUCGGCCUUUCCCUGAAUACUGUUCACGUAACGCAUGUGACCCUUGGCUGCUGCUUCCAUUUGUCCUGUAAACCUAAAUAAAAGUUCUUGUUUUUUCA